UCUAUUGUUUACCUACGUAGCAACAUUUCACACCAAAACCUUAAAAAACAAGCAGCAGCUAGCAGUAAUCAGCAAUCACUACACAAAAUGGCGGCCAGUGCCAUUGAUGAAAUGACAAUGGAACUUGAACUUCCUGGCUUUCGUUUCCACCCCACAGAGGAGGAACUUCUUGAUUUCUACCUCAAGAACAUGGUGUUUGGAAAGAGAUUGCGCUUUGACAUCAUCGGCUUCCUCAACAUCUAUCAUCACGAUCCUUGGGACUUGCCUGAUUUGGCGAAGAUUGGCGAAAGAGAAUGGUACUUUUUUGUGCCGAGAGACAGGAAGCAUGGCAGUGGCGGGAGGCCAAACCGGACGACUGAAAAUGGAUUCUGGAAAGCCACCGGUUCUGACCGGAGAAUCGUGAGCAUAUCGGAUCCAAAGCGGAUUAUCGGCUUAAGAAAGACACUUGUUUUCUACAGGGGAAGAGCACCAAGAGGAAGCAAGACCGAUUGGGUCAUGAACGAAUAUCGCUUCCCUGAUUCAUGCCCCUUGCCAAAGGACAUAGUGUUGUGUAAGAUCUAUAGGAAGGCAACUUCUUUGAAAGUUCUUGAGCAAAGGGCAGCAAUGGAGGAAGAGAUGAAGAACUUUCAUGCUUCACCUUCACCCCCACCAACAUCAUCACUUGAAAUAGGCUCAUUUUACAGCACCCAACAAGAGGAUCAUCACUUACAGCAGCAACCAAUGCCUGCUGUACACAACAUUGUCUUCAAGAAAGAAGCAGAGGAAGUGUCGGGAUUACAAGACAAAUUGGAUGAAAGAGGAGUGGAAACCAAAGUUUCCUCCACAUCACUGCAAAUCCCACUUGGAAGGGGCCAGUUGCCGGAGCUCCAAGUCCCCAAAUUGACCAUGGAUUGGACCCAAGACCCGUUUUGGACCCAGUUAAACAGCCCUUGGCUUCAAAAUCUGACCCCAUAUGCCAACAUCCUCAAUUUCUGAUUCCUUCAUGUUUAUUAUGCCUAGGAGACAAUAAACUUAGGUUUCUGUAGAUAAAUUUUGUCGGUCACCCUCUGCCGGAUUAAGGAAAUUCCUGCUGACUGUUUACUUGGGUGGUUGGCCAUGACUUUUGUUUCAUCCCUAUCAAGUGUUGCACUUCUUUUUUCUUUUUCAUUUUCCUGAGCAGGGUGAUGCUGUUCUGGUUGAAGAAAAGUUGUGAUUUUGUUAAUGGGGUUCUUCUAUAUAUGUUUCAAGAACAUUGGAAGACUCUGGAGAAUCAUCUAAUGGACAUGAAAACUAUUGCUUCAUCUACUAACAUUUUAAGACCUGAAGAUGGGAAAACACCAUGGAUAUAUAUUCUACCGAGAGAAGGGGGUUUCAGGAAUCUGGUGUUGGAGAGUUGCUUAAUUUACUAUCUACUUUGCGGUUGCAUUUCUUUAUUAAUUUACUAUGUUAGAACUUUUUUUUGGAGGGUUGGUGUUGUAGGGGAAACUUGUACGGACUUUUUAUUGUAUAUUUCAAUUUAAAUAAAAGAAAAUCACAGUGAAAUC